AUGGGCUUCCUCAGCCAAAUUCGCAAGUUUGACGCGUACACCAAGCCAGUCGAGGAUUUCCGCGAAAGGACUGUCACCGGCGCCGUAAUUACGAUAUGCUGCAGUCUUCUUUGCAUGCUGCUCUUUUUCUCAGAGCUGAAUUAUUAUUUGACGACUGAGGUUGUAUCGGAGCUACGAGUGGACAAUACUCGCGGGGGCAAGCUAGUGCUAAACCUGGAUCUGACAGUAGCUGGUUUGCCAUGCAACUACUUUUCGAUCGACGCGAUGGAUUUGACGGGAGACAGAGCAGACGCGGAACAUCAGCUAUUCAAGACGAGGAUGAAGGACGGAAAAGAAGUUUCGAACUCGGAGAAGGUCGAAGAAAUCAACGCGCAAAAGCUUCAAGAUGAAAAGAAAGAAGAAGAAACCGGCCUGGCGUUGAAAGAAGACGAGUGCCAAAGUUGCUACGGUGCGGAAACGGAGGAACACCCCUGCUGCAAUUCCUGCGAAGAAGUCCAACAAGCGUAUAGAAACAAGGGCUGGGCGUUUGAUUCUAGCGCUCAGCAGUUCUCCCAGUGCGUCAACGAGCAUUUCAACUUGGAAGAAGAGCUGAAAAAGACGCUGGGAGAGAGUUGCCGCGUUCACGGACAUUUGGAAGUAAAUCGAGUUUCUGGAUCGCUGCAGAUUUCGCCUGGAAAGACGCUCGUUUUAGAUGGAAGCGUUGUUCACGAUAUUCGAGGGAUGAAGCACAUGAAUUUCGAUACUAGCCACACAAUCCAUCACUUGAGCUUUGGCGAAGUCUUCCCCGGCCAAGAAAAUCCACUGGACAACUCCGAACACAAAGCUGAGGCGCUGAACAUGGCCUGGCACUACAACUUCAAGGUGAUCCCAACCGAGUUCCGUAAACUGGACGGAACGCAGACGGCGACGAAUCAAUUCUCGGUGACGCGGCAUGAAAAAGCGCUCAGCCAGAUGAGCAGUCGACUUCCAGGCAUCAACUUUCACUUCGAAAUUGCGCCUAUUGCAGUUAUCAAGACGGAGACUCGCCGAUCGUUGGUUCAUUUCGCCACGUCAGUUUGCGCGAUCAUCGGCGGCGUCUGGACGAUUUCUUCGAUCCUCGACUCCUUCAUCCACCGAACGAACAAGCUUUUGAUAAAGACCGAACUCGGCAAGGCCGAAACUCUUGGAAUGGAAAAGCCGCGACGAAGCUCUAAUCCAAGAGCACGAAAAACGCCUCAACGCCCAGGCCGAGUCGAACUCAGCAGUGGCGCACUUUACGAAGCAUCACUUACAAAACGCGCGAUUCCGGUGCGCCGGCCACGGGAAAAGAAAGGAAGCUUCUGCUUCAACUUGAGCAAGGACAAGCGCUCGUGGGAGGCGGCCGAGCAGAGAUGUAACAGACAGGGUGGAUCUUUGGCGGUGAUCAAGGACGAGGACACAAUGUUGUUUAUCACGAAUUUGAUCAGAGGCAGCUCUUAUGACACUUCCUACUGCGUUGGAUUGUCGUUGGACGAAGAAAGCGAUCGCCUCAGCUGGGUGGCCAAUACGACCGUCACUGACAGCUCUUUCCAAAACUGGUAUGGAGAAAUCCGCCCCACACGCUCGGAGCGGUGCAUUCAGUCCGCGGGCCUGCAAUUCGGCUACAAAUGGUACCCUUCAAAAUGCGACCGCGAGUUCCGCUACAUUUGCCAAGUCAAAUCCCUUUUUUGUAAAUCUGCUUCUUUCACUUGUCCUACAACCUGCCACAAUCUCUUCAAACUGUACAUCGAUAAUAAAACAAGAUUACUGCACCUUUUUCUUUCACUUUUUUCAUCUUAA